AUGAACUACGAUGGUUGGUUUGGAAAGGUUCCUUUAGAUAAAAGGGAUUACUUCCCUGCUCACCGCAAAUUCCACGAAUUCCCUUCUCCUCGACGACCGCCGUUCUGCUUCGCCGCCGCAGCCGCCGCCGGGGCCGGCGUCUACCUCCCACUGAUCGACCUCAGCCGUCUGAUCCUCGAGCCCGAGGAAUGCAAGGCUGAGAUUCGUUUGGCCGCCGCCGAAUGGGGCUUCUUUCAGGUGGUCAGCCACGGGGUGCCGCGGGAGCUUCUGGAGCGCCUGCGGAAGGUGCAGGCUAACCUUUUCCGACGGCCCUUUACGGAGAAGGAGAAGGAGAAGGGAAAAUUGCUCGACUUUCCCGCCGGGUGCUGUUACUCGUGGGGGACGCCCACGGCCACGUGUCUGACCCAGUUAUCGUGGUCCGAAGCGUAUCAUAUUCCUAUGACGCCAUCGGCGGUACCAUCGAAGCUCAGGGCCAGACGUGUGAUAGAUGAAUAUGCGAUGAGAGUGGCUCAACUUUCAUAUAAGCUAGCAGAGAUAUUAGCGGAAGGAUUUGAAGAAGAAGGAAGAGGAAAUGGUGGAUAUAUAGAGGAGCAUUGCAGGCCCAGCUCAUGUUAUUUGAGGCUUAACCGCUACCCUCCAUGCCCGAUACCGAAAGGAGUUUUCGGGUUAGUUCCGCAUACCGAUACCGAUUUUCUCACGAUACUGCAUCAAGAUCAAGUUGGUGGCUUGCAAUUGUUUAAGGGGGGAAGAUGGAUCACCGUCAACCCUAAUUCCAAUGCUUUUGUAGUCAAUAUUGGUGAUUUGUUUCAGGCAUGGAGUAAUGAUGUGUACAAGAGUGUGGAACACAGAGUAAUGGCAAACUCACAGAUAGAGAGAUUCUCCACUGCCUUUCAAUUAUGUCCAUCAUAUGAAACCAUCAUUCAGUGUAAUAAAUCUCCAUCUACAUAUAGAUCCUUCAGCUUCAUGGAAUAUAAGCAAAAAAUCAAAGAAGAUGUUAAGUUGUAUGGACACAAGGUCGGCCUUUCAAGGUUCCUUGCUUGAAGAGGAGAUAAUAUAGAUAUUAUUUCUUCACAAGAAAAAGAGAAGCUUGAUUUUCAUUUUUUUUUAUUCUAUUUUGGCUAUUUUGGCCCUUCCCUUUUAUCUCAAAUAUUUUAAGUUGUUUAUAGUUGCAAGC